UGUGCGGUGACAGACAACCAUCGGUGAACCAACAACCAGCUCCAGGUGUGAACUAUGGAAGAGAUUAACAACAUUGAAGUCACUCCGUGCACAGACUCCGACUACCUGAAGCCGUUCAGGGUGCACUAUAACCAGAAUGGCACAAAGAAAUCCUGGGACUUCAUGCGAACCCAUGAUAGUGUAUCAGUGCUGAUCUUCAACACCAGCUCACACUGUUUUGUCCUCGUCAAGCAGUUCCGUCCGGCUGUAUACAUGUGUGAGUGGGAAAAGACCAAGACGCAGCCGCCUCAGUCCGCUGAAAAAACUGAGGAGGGCGCCUCCGAAGCCGCAGCCUCUGCCCCUGAGUCUCAGGAGGGCCAGUCAGAGGGGGAGAGCUCUUCUCAGUGGCCCCCGGUCUCAGCGGGGGUCACUUAUGAGCUCUGCGCCGGGCUGGUAGACAAACCCGACCUCUCUCUGGAGGAGAUCGCCCGGCAGGAGGUGCUGGAAGAGUGUGGCUAUGAUGUGCCUGCCUCUAAACUGAAAAGGAUUACUUCCUACAGGUCAGGCGUAGGUGUAACGGGGGCUAAGCAGACCAUGUUUUACGCCGAGGUGUCUGACGACAACUGCGUGAGCGCAGGUGGAGGUGAGCCACGGGAGGGAGAGCUUAUCGAGGUGGUCAAAGUCCCGCUGCAUGAGGCCAUGACGUUUGCCUACGACGAGCGUAUACCCAAAACCAUGGGCGUCAUUUUUAGUUUCAUCUGGUUCCAUAAUAACAUGUCUCCCAAGUACAAGAUCUCCACCAACGUCUAACUAGUAUUAAUCAAACCCUAUUUAUACCAUUUAUUCCAAAUUCAAUCAAACACUGGCCCAGCACAUCUACUCCUCCCCUCAUGGCUCUUCAUCCUGUAUUGCCUUUUUUUUUUUUUUUGCUUAUUGGUACAUGAUGAAAGGUGGGCCCCUUGUCUUGUUGCCAACGGUUAUCUUUAAGUUUUGUCCUGUUUACCUACCUUGAGUUUCAUGUGGUCUUAAUAUUUUUCCUAAAUCUAACUCGCCAUAGCUGGUUGUCACUGGCACACUUUUUCUCUUUUCAAUUUUUUUAAUCUGAUGAUUCUUUUAUUUACUGUGCCAUCAUUUAUAAAUGGCUGCAUAUCACUGAUUUCAUUUGCCUGCCCUUGAUUAAAGGAAUACUCCACUGCUUUUA